AUGCCAGAAAAAGUAAAAAUCGACGUAAUUAUUGAUAAAUUUCCAAAUCUUGAUAGAGGUCUAAAAGACUUAUAUGAUAAAGGUCCAGACAAUGCAUUUUACUUAAUCAAAGUUUGGGCUAAUAUGAAUUAUCAAGAAACAGAUAAUCAAACAUAUAAUCAUUUUGUUUUAUUUGAAAGUCAAGAAUCGAUUGAAGUGGAAGUAACAACAAAAGCAUGCUCAUUUGGAAAAUCUGUUGCAGAAAAAGUCGAAGAUGGAAAAACAAGUUGUGAAACUGGAAAACAUAUUUAUAAAUCAACUGAUACAAAAAUGUGUGAUUUUAUGGUUGGAUUUAUUAAAAAACUAAAAAAUGAAUUACCAUCAAGAGAAAUGAUGAAUCAUGUACUGGAAAAUUUUACCGUUCUUCAAGUAGGGUGUGCAAAAUCUUUAUAA